AUGAAUUCUCAUUCUCUAACUUUUGAAAAAUGUCAACUCAUUCAGAAAGAGAAUCAAUGCCCCGUGAAGGUAAAAUCACAAGGCAUUAGAACUUUGGUAUUCCGUGACUCUUCAAAUAUGCUUUCCAUUGUUGAGAAAACUCCCACUAUCGAAUCGUUGGCAUUUAAGGGUGAAAUGAAUGAAGAGGAGUUUAAUUUAAACUCUCUUGAAAUAAUGGAGAUUCCUAAACUGAACGUGAACCACAUGUCAGAACUUACUUCACUGACUGUGAAUGAUUUGGAUUCUAUUCUAUUCAUGCCAAGUACUGUCACGAAUUUAGGACUGUACCUUUUGAAUGGGACUUCAUUGAAAACAGCUGUAAAAAAUCCAUUGCCUCAUGUCUCUUCCCUUACCGUCUAUGGCUUGAGUACAUCUUUACCAUUACCAACCUUAAUUAAGGCCAUUUGUACUGCAUUUCCAAAUCUCAAACAUCUCACAUUGCCAGAAACCAUCAUACUUAACACUUCUGCAGCAAACACGAAGGAAAGCGAUUCGUCUUAUUUGGAUGGAACGCUCUUGUUGGAGCCAAAUGAGUUGUGUAAAAUCACCAUCUUACACUCUGAUAAUGCAUGGCCCAUGUUUUUGCAUGGUCUCUUGUAUGAAUUGAGGUUGUCAUUUCCUUGUCAAAGUUUCACCACUUCCUUCGAGAAGUUACCUUCUAAUGAGAGCAUUACUUUUCAACCAAUUUCAUUGAUUGAUUGGAAAUGCAAGUUGAAGAAUCACAUUCACAUCAAAGCAGAACAAUAUUUCAAAAAGAUCCAUCAAUGGUUCCAGUUAUAUUGCAAUCAGCCUCAAAUGAAGCCUCUCAUCGAUGAAAUGAUGCACAUUAUCGUUCAGAUGUGCAUGUUCAAAAGUUUUUAUUCAGAACAAGAUCAACAAAAACUCAUUGACCUUUUGGGAAAUUUGAAUAUGAAAAUAUUUGAAUUUGAAGAAAUGAAGUUCUAUCUCAAGAAUGUCAUUGAAGUGAGAAGAAAACAGUUGAACUUCUUUCUUGAUUUUUUCAAUUCAGUUCAUGAAUAUUCGGCGCUCGAGAGAGCAAUGCAACUUCUUGAGGAGCUUGUUGAAUUGGAAAAAUGUUCCUCUCAAGAAUUCAUUAAAACCAAUGACAUGAGUGAAAAGAAGAAGCAGCUCAAUGCAACUUGCAAAAGUUCAGACCUUAUUGUUCGACACGUUGAAGAACUUUCGGAUUGUGUGAAAGAAAUGGAAAAAAUUGUCAUGUUCAACUCGGGUCCAAAAACUAUAAGACCUGAACAAUGGUAUUCUGAAGAUAUUAUUGAAGUUUAUGAGCCAAUAGAUAAUAUCGAAAUUGAAAGAGACACGAUGGAGGAUGAGAGAUGA